AUGAGUGUUGAAGCACAGCUGCAGAUCAGUGUAUCGCAGCCGGAAGCUGGGACUUAUGAAAUGCAUCCUAAGCGCGUCCCCCGAGCUUGUGAUUCCUGUCGGAAAAAGCGGAUUAGGUGCAGUGCCGGUCAACGCCCGUGCAUGAGCUGCUUACUUUAUCGCUCAACAUGCACCGACUCUCCUCCGGUUCCUGCAAGAGCACAUAAAUCGAAGCGAACCCAAUCGCUUGUUUCGCUCGCAUCGAGAGAUGAGUUUCGACAAGCUCGGGUCCAGGAUGUAGAUCUCCAAACCGAGGGUCUACCUGAGUCACCCAGACCAACUCCAACGGUUGUAUCAUUACAAGAUGAUAUGGUAGUGCAACCUUUACAUGACCACAAUAUGGAAGCAGCACAAGAAAAACAUUCAAGUGACCACGACAACACUUCAACCACGUCGAGACUUUUAUCAUCAUCCGACCCAUGGGAUCCCAAUCUUUACAUGCCCAAUAUCUUCGAUUUUGCGGAUUCGUCGAAUAUACCUGACUUGCCGGACCCUAUUCUGGUCGACUUUUCGCAAUUCAAUCCUGGUUUCCAUAAUACUCAGGAGAGACUGCCAGCACUAAACGCGGGUGGUGAAACUGACGGAGGCUCCCGCCCGAUAUCCCCGACCGUAAGAAAUCCCAAAGUCGCAGGCGUACAUUUCUUGAAAGAUGGACUUCCUUCUACAAAAUCUGCAUGCCUUCUUCCGGGCCUCUUCUUGAAAAAGGACGCUUGUGAGAGCAGAUAUCAGGGAUUGAAUUCUAUUGGCGCAACAUUGUCAUCAUGUUUGAUAUAUGCCAAGAACAAUUCCCCCCAGCUUGACGAGCAGAGUCUUCUUCAGUACCUCAUCAAAGGAAUUACCUACAUGGAUGAAGCGAACAUAUCCGCUGCCCGCAGGGUAGAUCCCGAUGAUCUCCCAGACCGGUCCUUUGUGGAGCAUGGAGUCGAGUUAUUCUUUAAAAGCAUUUAUCUCCGUUACCCGAUCGUCAGCCUAGAACUGAGGCACUCAUGGAGGCAAUGGUAUGAUGACUGCCAUGACCCACCCGAUUGUAUUCAAUUCUUAUGCAUCUGUAUUAUGGUUGCAAUUGGUGCGACAGCACAUCCCAGCGGUCCUACAAAAGAGAUGCAGCAGAAAGUUUCAGCCCUACACCAGCAAGCUUGGUCAAUGAUGGAUUAUGUGUUAGCCCAUCCAUACACAGGGUCCGUGCAGGUUCUCCUUCUUCACACCUUAUACUUCACGCAACAAGGGAAGCUAGGGAUUGCGUGGUCUACCUGCGGCACUGCGCUACGUCUAGCCGAGUCGAUAGGCCUUCACCGGCACACACCGAGUGAGCUACAGCUAAGUGACGAGCUUGUCAGAAUUCGGGCAAGGUUAUGGUGGAUCGCCUAUAGCCUUGAUGCUUUCACGUCGUUAUGUGAGGGUCGGCCGACUGGAACAUCAUCUGAUAAAACAGACGCAAUGAUAGAGCCCCUGACAGUUCAAGAGUGUCCUGAUGACUGUGAGUUGGCGCCAGGGCCUAUGAUUUACGUGUGGCAUACCACACUUGCUUGUCUUGUGAAUCAACUUGCAGACAUCAUCGGCCGCGAAAAAGGUGCAAGUGAGCGCUUAUGCUGUCUCGCGGAGUUAGAUAUGAAACUCAUUGCUUGGCGUGAUGCAAUUCCUCUAGAGUACCGACCGGAACAGGAGAACUUGGCCCCUAUUCAAUUACGACAUCAUAUUUCUUGGCUAUACGUACAAUUCUUCAAUGUCCUAAGGACGUUGCACUGGACGUCAAUGUUGCUUACCCACAGAAGAGAUGAAACAUUUCCUACCGAUAGGUACCCCAGGCUUCAAUCGAGCGAGGCUAUUUGUGUUGCAUCUGCUCGGUCCCUUAUCAGGACGUCCAACAGUCGCUCGACUGUCUCUGAUACUGAGGAGAUGCGCAUAUUAGGUGCACCGUCGGCAUAUUUCCUAGCAGCAACAUCCACCAUCUUCAUGCAUAUUUUGAAAGAACCAAAAAGGCUUUCUGCUACGGUAGACGUUGAAUACCUCCGAGCCGGAAUACACCAUCUCACGUCCGACCUUUUUGCAGCCCAGCUUGGGCAGGGCCGAGAGAUACUCAUGCAAAUGCUAGAAAUUGCAGAAACUGUGACGCGUCCCUUCAAAUGUAUAAAUAAUUCGAUGAAUAUUUGA